AUGGGUCGUGGCAUUUUGAAACUUACCAUGUUCGCAGCGUCAACCAAGCGUGCGGCGGCUCGCCAUGCCGCUCCCUUCGUCUCGAGCUCCCGAGUUUUGAUGACGCCGCAUACCAUGACUACAAGCAUGCAGCAAACACGUACAAUCUACGGCGGUCUGUACAACAUGGCAAAGAAGAUGAUGCCUCGUAUGUCCAAGACGGAGAAAGCCGCGCUCGAUAGCGGUACCGUCGGAUUUGACCGCGAUAUUUUCUCGGGAUCGCCCAAGCUCUCUGCGCUCGACAAGUACUCGGCAAAGCUCACCCCUGAAGAGCAGUCGUUCUUGGACAACGAAGUGAAUGAAUUGUGCGAGAUGCUGAGCGACUAUGACAUCUUCCACAAGCAAGAUUUGCCGCUCGAAGCGUGGAAGUUCAUCAAGGAAAAGGGGUUCCUCGGUAUGAUCAUCCCCAAGCAGUAUGGCGGCAAACAGUUCACCGCCCAUGGCCACUCCCAAGUCAUCACGAAGCUCAACACGCGCAGCACGACCGCCGGUGUCACUGUCUGUGUGCCCAACUCUCUCGGACCUGCUGAACUCUUGCUCCGCUACGGUACUGAAGAACAAAAGAAUUACUUCUUGCCAGCGCUGGCCAAGGGCGAGCACCUGCCUUGCUUUGGUCUCACCGGCCCUACCUCCGGGUCAGACGCUGCCAACAUGAAGGACACCGGUGUCGUCGAGGUCCAAGACGGCGUCCUCGGCAUUCGCGCCACGUUCUCCAAGCGAUACAUUACCCUCGCUCCCGUUGCCACAUGCGUCGGCCUGGCCAUCGAUGUCAAGGAUCCUGACAACCUGCUUAAGGGCAUCGGUCAUGAAGGCAUCACGGUGGCGCUGCUCGAGCGGGACCACGCCGGCCUUGAAAUGGGCCGCCGGCACGACACUCUAUCAGUUCCGUUCAUGAAUGGACCUGUGACCGGCACGGAUGUGUUUAUCCCGAUGGAAAAGAUCAUUGGCGGCCAAACGCGAGUCGGAUACGGCUGGAACAUGCUCAUGGAUUGCCUGGCAGAAGGCCGUUCGAUCUCGCUUCCCGGCGGCGGUGUCGCGGGGGCCAAGGUGUCAGCCGUCGCCGUUGGCGGGUACGCGCGAAUUCGCAAGCAAUUCAAGGUCCCAGUGGCCACGAUGGAAGGUGUCCAAGAACACCUGGCUGCGAUCGGCAACCAAGCGUUCAUCACGAUGGCUGGCCAGUACCUCGUCAACGGCAUGCUCAACCAACACGAACAGCCAGCUGUGAUUUCCGGCGUAUGCAAGCAACAAAUCACAGCACGCGGCCGCGACGCGGUCGUCCAGGCCAUGGACGUGCUCGGAGGUGCCGGCAUUUGCCGCGGCCCAAACAACUUUUUGGCAAACUCGUACAUGAGUUUGCCCGUCGCGAUCACGGUCGAAGGCGCCAACACCCUCACCCGGUCGCUCAUCAUUUACGGCCAAGGGCUAACUCGCGCCCACCCGCACUUGUACCCACUCAUUCAGUCGCUGCAACAUGGCGACGACGUCGCGUCGUUCAAGAAACAUGCGAAUGCGUUGGUGCUGCACGGUGUCACGAACGCCGUCCACUCGCUCACGCGCUCUGUAACGCGGAGUCGAUCCAAGGGCGACCUGGUGAGCCACUACGAGUCGCAGCUGAGCCGCCUGGCCGCCAACUUUGCGAUCACGACGGACCUGGCGCUCGUGCUGGGGGGCAAGCUCAAGUUUAAAGAAAUGAUCAGCGGUCGGUUCGCCGACGCGUUGUCGAGCUUGUAUUUGGGGUAUGCGUCGCUCUGGUUUUACAAGCAGCACCAGGACAUGGCCGGCCUCGACGUUGUAUUGGAUUAUGCCAUGACAACGCUGUGCUAUGACGCUCAAGAAGCGCUCGUCGGGAUCGCGUCCAACUUUCCAGUCCCGGGCAUGGGACCGGUCAUGAAGGGCGUCGCGUUUCCGUUUGGUCGUGCGUAUGCCAAGCCCACAGACGCGCAGGUGGCGGCGGUCGCGGAGCUCGUGAGCUCGGACAGCGGGGUGCGGGAUCUGUUUUCCACGAGCAUGUUUAUCUCGAAGGAUCCGACGGACCGCGUUGCAAAGAUCCACCACACGUUGCCGAAAGCUAUCCAGGCAGACAAGAUUCUCGCCGCAAUUCGAAAGGAAAAGCGCAGCGCGACGGUGGACGAACAAACGCUGAUCGACCAAGUCGAGGCGCUGCGAAACGAAAUCAUCCAAGUUGACGCGUUCUACGGCCUCGGCGCUGAAAUCGGCGCCCCCGCCGACUACAAGCGACCUGGCUUUGUUAACAACAUCUUGGACAAGAAGAAGCAAAAGACCCCGUCAAGUUAAACUAUCGAUAAAACCACCAUCCCAUGCACGAGCAAUGGAAGUCUGCCGUGAGGAAGCACCCCUCUCGUACUUGGCAUUCCGUCGUGGCAGGGCAUGAGUCACUCUCCACCACCUCAUUCCACCGACUGGCAUUGAAUGCGUGUAACAUAAUACGGAAAUGAGCUUGGAGGGGCAGCGAGCUGAUCAAUUUUAAUUAUUCGAAGAGAUGUCUUCGUCGCCCAA